CUUAGUUUUAGUUUAUGUUUGGUACAUCUCUGUAACAACGAGAGAGCUAACAACACGGACACGAACUCCGUGUUAAACCUUCUCAAACCACCAUAUCGAUCAAUCGAAAGGCCAAAAAAAAGAAAAAUGAAAAUCACUGUAUUGACCGCAGACGAAAAUCUCAUCACACUAGAUGUCGAUCCAGAGGAAACUGUCGAGAACUUGAAAGCAUUGCUGGAAGUUGAGACGCAGGUGCCACUUCAGCAGCAGAAUCUGCUAUUCAACAGGAAGGAGAUGCGGAAUGGUGAUAAGCUAAGUAGUCUUGGCGCUAACGAUGGAGAUUUGGUAACUAUGGAAAGGGUGUCCCAAUCUAGUACAUCUACCAAUGCACUGGGAGUCAAUCCAGAUGGUUCAGCAGUGAACCCUACAGCCUUCCAACAGCAUUUGCGGAAUGAUUCCAAUUUGAUAGCUCAACUGUUCCAGAAUGAUCCUGAGCUAGCACAAGUCAUUCUUGGGAAUGAUAUCAACAAGCUACAAGAAAUUCUUCGUGUACGCCAUAAACAGAGAACAGAGCUCCUUCGCAAGAAAAAUGAGGAAAUGGCACUUCUUUAUGCUGAUCCAUUUGAUGUAGAGGCACAAAAGAAAAUUGAAGAAGCAAUCCGACAGAAAAGUAUUGAUGAGAACUGGGAAGCUGCGAUAGAGCACAAUCCUGAAGCUUUUGCAAGGGUGGUCAUGUUGUAUGUUGACAUGGAAGUCAAUGGAGUCCCUUUGAAGGCCUUUGUGGACAGUGGAGCUCAAUCUACAAUUAUAUCAAAAAGCUGUGCUGAACGAUGUGGAUUGUUAAGACUCUUAGAUACACGCUAUAGGGGCAUUGCUCGUGGUGUUGGUCAAUCUGAGAUACUUGGUCGAAUUCAUGUUGCUCCAAUCAAGAUUGGAUCAGUCUUUUACCCUUGCUCAUUUAUGGUUCUGGAUUCUCCAAAUAUGGAAUUUCUUUUUGGACUUGACAUGCUUCGUAAACAUCAGUGUAUCAUUGAUCUGAACGAAAAUGUCCUUCGGGUUGGUGGAGGGGAAGUUGCAGCUCCAUUUCUACAUGAGAAGGAUAUUCCGUCUCAGUUGAUGGACGAAGAGAGGCCUGCAAAUGAGCCUUCUGCAUCCAGUGCACAAGAACUUCUUGGACCUAAGGAGAACAGUAAUAUUCAAGUAGGAGGUCCUUCUGGAAGCUCCAGUCGGGGUGCAUCGGAGGAACUUGGUUUUGAAGCAAAAGUUUCGAAGCUUGUUGAGCUGGGGUUUGGGAGGGAUGCAAUCAUACAGGCUUUGAAGUUCUUCGACGGCAAUGAAGAAGCAGCAGCUGCCUAUCUUUUCGGUGGUUGACGAGUCCCCAUUACGACGAGUUCACUAAAUUUGUUAUUAUUUGUACACCGUCUUCGAUUUUUUUUUUGUAAAAUCAAAAUGUCCAAAGAAAUUGUUGCCAAGACUCGCCCUUGUUUAGGGGAAAGGGAAAAAAUGGCUAUUUUCUUAUAUUUAAUCACUUCUUUUGUAUCUUUCCACUGGUCAUGUUAUUGGAACUUUUACAACAUGGGUUUUGAUUCAUGAAUGGAUAUGACUAUUGUACCCAACAUAGUUUUCGUGAGGCGUCAUAUUGCUUUGAGUCUGAAGAGUUGUGUUUGAGUUCAAGUCUACAGACAUUUUAUGCAAGGUACCAAAACUAUGACACAAUACCUUGAUGAUGUGGCAACUAUUCUCUCGGAUCUCGAUGCCUUGAAAGAAGAGAUCCCUGAACGUGAUGUGGUGAAUGCUGUUAUUCGUGGUCUUCCCACCGAAUACUCAUCCUUUAAGCAAAACAUUCGCAUGAACAAUACCAAUAUUUCGUUAAAUCAGCUUUCUGGAUGGCUGAUCUCCGAAGAAAUAAACCUGGAGAUGGAGAAUAAACUCAGCCUCACCGAGUCUACCAUCACCG